AUGGCUUCAGAACGACCCACUGGGACCAUCGCUGACAAGGGCCUCGAGCUUCUCAGUCUUGCGACGCCUAAUGGUGUCAAGGUUUCGAUCCUGCUCGAGGAGCUGAAGGCAACUUAUGGCCUGGAUUACAAGUAUCAGAACAUUAAUAUCAUGAGCAAUGUACAAAAAGAGAAGUGGUUCACCGACCAUGGACCAAAUGGACGUAUUCCAGUCUUGAUCGAUCAUGACCGCCAAUACUCCCUCAUGGAAGGCAUUCCGAUCCUCAGAUACCUCGAAGACCACUACGACCCCAAGCACACCUUCGACUUCACCGACGAGACAGAACAAGCGGAUGCGCUGCAAUGGGCGUCAUGGGGACAUGGUGGUGUAGGGCCCAUGCAAGGCCAGGCAAACCACUUCCUCCGCUACGCAAAAGAGAAGAUUCCCUACGGCAUCCAACGAUACGUCGGCGAGACCGAACGUCUCUAUGGUGUUCUCAACACUCGCCUCACAGGCCGCGAUUACGUCGCCGGUGCUGGUAAAGGCAAAUAUUCAUGGGCUGACAUUGCGCUCUUUGGCUGGGUUAACAUCUCUUAUUGGUCUGGUGUCGAUAUCAAGGAGCCACAGUUCUCAGAGGUGUACAGGUGGUGGAAGAGUAUCGUCGAGCGACCGACCGUACAGAAGGGCAUCAGCAUCCCAAAGGGUCCAAUGGACUCAACUAAUCAAAGAUACUUGGAGAGGCUAGAGACGGAGCCAGAGUUCAAGAAGGGUGAGGCUGAAGCGAAAGAAUUAGUGAAGAAGGCAAAGGAGCAGUAUGGUUAUAAGUUCAACCCUGUAUAA